GGAGCAGCAGCAGGAGGCGGAGGGAGAGGAAACGACACACAGAGGGAGAGGGGGAGGUUGGCUGACAUCUGGGUGUUGGAGGAAAGAGUCUGAAGUUGUUUUUAAAACAAAUAGAACUAAAACCAAAGUCAAACACAAUGUUUCGGAUACUGAGUCGAUCUUCGUUCAAAGUCGUAGCUCAGACGACGCUGCUGAAGGACGUAGCCACAAUAAGACAAGUCCACAGUACGUAUGAUGUUGCCAUUGUCGGUGGAGGAAUUGUGGGCUUGGCCACAGCCAGAGAACUUAUCCUGAGACACCCCAACCUCAGCUUCAUCCUAUUGGAGAAGGAAAAGGAACUUGCUGCACACCAGAGUGGACACAACAGUGGAGUCAUUCACAGCGGCAUCUACUACACGCCGGGGUCACUGAAGGCCCGUCUGUGUGUGCGAGGAGCUACUCUUAGCUACGAGUACUGUGACAAGAAGGGACUGCCUUACAGGAGAUGUGGAAAGCUUAUUGUAGCUGUAGAACAGGAGGAGAUACCCCGACUGAAGGCUCUGUAUGAACGUGGACAGAAGAACAACGUGCGAGACCUUAGCAUUGUCGACGCCAAGGCCAUCAGAGAGCGAGAGCCGUACUGCAGAGGAAUCAUGGCCUUGGAUUCACCCUACACUGGCAUUGUGGACUGGAGGAUGGUGGCCUUCAGCUACGGAGAAGAUUUCGCUGAGGCGGGAGGCAAAGUGGUGACUGAAUAUGAGGUGAAAGACAUCACCAUGGCCAAGGAAAGUCCAGCAGGAAGCACUGAAGGAAUGAAAUAUCCUAUUGCAAUCAAAGACAAAAAGGGUGACGAGGUCAGAUGUCGUUAUGUUCUGACUUGUGGCGGUCUGUACUCUGAUCGACUCUCGCAAAUUUCUGGAUGUAGUCGGGAGCCGAGGAUCGUCCCGUUUAGAGGAGACUAUCUGUUGUUAAAACCAGAGAAGAACUACCUGGUGAAAGGAAACAUCUACCCUGUUCCUGACCCACGGUUCCCCUUUCUUGGAGUUCACUUCACUCCCAGGAUGGAUGGCAGUAUUUGGCUCGGCCCCAAUGCAGUUCUAGCCUUCAAACGAGAAGGUUAUAAACUUUUCGACUUUAAUGCCAGAGACUUUGUGGACGCUCUCUCUUUCAGAGGUCUUCAAAAGCUGGUGAUGAGGAACUUAACACAAGGUCUGAGUGAACUGUAUCGAGGGAUUGUGAUUAGUGCACAGGUGAAAAUCCUGCAGAAGUACAUUCCUGAAAUCACAGCCAGUGAUGUUGUCAGAGGCCCUUCAGGAGUUCGAGCUCAGGCCCUUGAUCGAAAUGGAAACCUCGUAGACGACUUUGUUUUCGACGGUGGGGUUGGGGACGUGGGCAGUCGCGUGCUCCAUGUGCGUAACGCUCCCUCGCCGGCGGCGACCUCCUCUCUUGCCAUCGCUGAGAUGAUUGCAGACGAGGUGGAAAGUCGUUUCUCUCUGUAGAGAAAGCCCAGUGGCAGUGGAGAGAAGAAGGACAAACCAAAAACCUUCAGUGUAUCACUAAGCAGUUACCACUCAGCAAUAACAUGUUUCAUAUUAUGGUUAAUCCACAGCACGCCUCUAAGAUAAUCUCAGUAAUCUCAUAACGGUUUGCUUUCAACCAUGGUUUUCUCAGGUUUUUAGAAUGUCUUUUCUCCCAUAUUUCAAAAGACUGAAAGGACAGUGUUUUACCACCAAUUCAUGAAUUAAUAUCAAUAACAUUUUGAAGUGAGAUUUGUUUUUUUUUACUGCUGCUUCAUUGGUUUCAAAUUGAUUUACAGUACUGUGAAAAAGUCUUAGACGCCCUUUAGAUUUGUGCCAAUAGGAACGCAAUACUGUCUUUUUUACAACCAGAAAAUACAGAAAAUGUACAUGAACCUCUUUAGUUGGUCUUAGAGACAGGUCUUUGAACUAGCAACCCAUUGGCCUCAUGCAGCCUCUUUCAUACUACAUAUCCAGGUAUAGUAGGUACAAAUUAGGAUUGCUGCAGCCUGCCUCCAGCCUAAUCCUGCAACUGUUUGGGUGUUGCACUUCUCACUCAUAGCCACUAGGUUGCAUUGUACUGUCUGUUUUGAGUGCCUUCUUUGGGGAAAUUGUGACUUGAACGUGAAGUGUGAGCAUGUCAGAACAGUAGGUGUGAUGUUUCAGUGCUUCAUAACUGUACUGUCCAGACCAGUCAGCCACCAGGAGAUCUGAGUUUGAGAUCCUAGCUUGUCAAGUAAAAUGAUUUUGUGUAUUUUCUAGUUGUAUUAUGUCAUCAAAAUGUAUAGAACAAAUCAGCAUGUCUUUUUCACAGUGCUGUCAGUUAAUUUGUACAGAAUAAUGAUCAUCCUGUAUUUUAAUGUGAACUCUCUGGAAAUAACCACUUUAAGAAGAAAGUUUUUGAGCUUCAGGCUUAAACUGUUGGACAGGUCUCAUCUGUAAUAUUUUUUACCAAAGAAAAUCAUACUGACAUUAUGAAAUCAGUUGGGACAGUGAGUAACUGUUAGUCUAAUUUUGAAAGGAAAGACGGUUGAUGAAGAACCAUGUGUUUUACUGCUGUUCUGCUUCUGUUCAGUUGUGUCUUCCAGAAGUAAUGUGACCUUAAAAUAAAUCUAAGAUACAAGUUAAGACUUAUGUGAGUAACACAAACAAGGACUGCUUUUAUUUUUGUGUGAAAGGACCUCAGUGAAUUUCACCACAGUCCAUUUUUAGGUUUUAAAUGUCAAAAACGUUCCAAUACUCUCAGCUCUCUUUGAACGUUGCCUUCUACACUGACAAAUCAGUGCAUUUAUUGACAAAUAAGUGUUUUUUGUAUGUAUAUCUAUAUUUUUGAAAAGCAAAUGUAUGUUGGAAGCCAUUAAAUGUCAAAUAUGACCUUCA